AGUGAACGUGGCAAUAUCGCCGUUAACCGUGUAAUUACAUGCAUGUGAUUCUGAUUGCAGUUUGUCUCUACUAGUAGUACUCUUCCCACCAUGUCCACACUACCAGACGUCUUCACCGACCCAGAGGAUUCUCAACUCGUCGCCGACGCUAAGAAAGACAAGCCCGAAGACCACGAGUUCAGCUACACCGAACGCGACGUCAUUCUCUACAACAUUGGCAUCGGCGCAACAGCUAAAGACCUGCAAUGGACUUAUGAAAGCCACGAGGAGUUUGCGGCACUCCCAACGUUUGGAGUGAUUCCGCAAUUCGCAGCCAGUUCUGGUAUUUCACUAGGCUGGCUGCCGAACUUCAAUCCUGCUAAGCUUCUUCAUGGCGAACAGUACUUGGCUAUCAAGAGCCCUAUACCUACAGAGGGAAACUUUGUCAAUGAAACUAGGCUCUUGGAAGUCCUGGACAAGGGCAAGGCUGCUUCGGUCACCACCAUAGUGUAUACGAAGGAUAUAGCCACAGGCAAUAUCAUCUUCGAAAACCAAAUAACGGUCUUCAUUCGAGGAGCCGGCGGCUUCGGUGGCAAGCGCUCUGGCAAAGAUAGAGGCGCUGCAACAGCCGUAAACACACCCCCGAAGCGUCAACCUGAUGCUGUGAUCGAAGAGAAGACGAGUGCCUCGCAAGCUGCACUAUACAGACUAAGUGGCGACUAUAAUCCUUUACACAUCGAUACUAGCUUCGCGGCAAUUGGCCCCAUUCUUCAUGGUCUAUGCUUUAUGGGGAUCGCAGGAAAACAUGUUUUGCAAUCUUUUGGCACCUACAAGGAUAUCAAAGUUCGUUUCUCCGGUGUAGUAUUCCCUGGCGAGACGCUCGUUACGGAGAUGUGGAAGACAGGCAGCAAAGUGAUCUUCUCCACUAAGACGAAGGAGCGGGGAACCACAGUGCUCGCCGCAGCAGCAGUGACGCUUGCUGAUACCGAUAUGAUGGCGAAACUCUAAUGUGGUACGUAAGGACGAGUUUGGUGAUCGACGAUACUUGAGAAAGAAUAAAUUGAUAUUGCAUGUACAUAUAUUGUUCUAGCCAAAAACUAUG